CCUGCGACUGGCAGCGGUGGGCGGGGCCCGUUGGCUCGACCCGGAAGCGGAAGAGUCGGAGAGUCCUCCGAGAUGGGCCCCGGGCGGCGGCGGCGGCGGCCGAGGGGGCCGGGCGGGGGGCGAAGCCUGGAGACCUUCGCAGAGGCGCUGGGCGGGCCCUUGCAGGAGCAGCCGCAGGAGGAGGGCGAGGCGAGGGCGGCGGCGGCCGAGAGCCCGCGCCGCUGGUGCCCGCUGGCCAUGUGGGACCUGGGCCAAUGCGACCGGCGGCGCUGCACCGGGCGGCGGCUGGCGCGGAAGGGGCUGGUGCGGAGGCUGCGGCUGGGGCAGCGCUUCGGGGGCCUCGUGCUCAGCCCCGCCGCCGCCCGCUUCCUCUCGCCCGCUGACAGGGAAGUUGUGACCCAGAACGGAAUUGCAGUGAUUGACUGCUCUUGGGCAAAGCUGGACAAAACACCAUUCAGCAAGAUGAAGGGAAGUCAUCUCCGGCUGCUACCCUACUUGAUAGCUGCAAAUCCAGUGAAUUAUGGACGGCCAUGCAAACUUACUUGUGUGGAAGCUUUUGCUGCUACCCUCUGCAUUGUAGGACACUCUGAUCUAGCCACAAUGCUUUUGCAAAAAUUUAAAUGGGGAAAAGUGUUUCUUGAUCUGAACAAAGAUCUCCUGGAGAAAUAUGCAGCAUGUAGCUGUGAAGAGGAGGUGUUAAGGGUUGAGAAUGAAUUUCUGAACCAUGCCCAAGAAAAAGAUGAAACAGAUCCUUUUGAUGUUGAUUCAGGAAAAGAAUUUUUUAUACUCAACGGGCCUUGCAGUACCACACAAGCAACUGAGGGAGAUGAGAGCUCCUCUGAGGAGACCUCUGAGGACAGCGAUGGCAGCGGCAGCAGCAGCAGUGAUGAGGACCUGAACACCGCCUGUUCUGGAGCCAGUAAGUCAGCUGCAGGGAGGCAAAAGAGCAUUCUUAAAGAGAAGAAGCAUCGCUGAGUUUAAUAACAGGGUUUGCUCUGAAUUAGGAUACAAAUUUGGACAAUGUUCUUCCAAUCUGAAAUACCUCAUUCAGCCUAUUGGUCUUGUCCAUCAACUGAGCUGUUUGAUGAACUUCAUUAAUACUCUGCUUGUCAAAUAGUUUUUACUAAUGCAACAUCCACAUCCUGGUCUUAUUUUUUUUACUUAACAUCUCAGUUAAUUAUUAUUCCAAAAAUUGUUUUGAGAUGAUGGGGGAAAAACCAGAAGCAAUUUCCUCAUAUCUGACAUCACUACUUUUUGGUUGUUUAUAUUUCAGUUCUUAAUAUGUUGUGGAUGGAUAGUUGAUAAUAAAUGCUCUAAACCAAAAA